GUUGGAAUUUAGGGAAAAAAUGUCAGUUGUCUGGAACAAGUCAAUUCCGAUUUUAAUUUUGGAAUUCUGCUUUUGAUUUUAUAAUUCUGAAUCUAAAAUCAGAAUUUAAAGGGAUAUUCUGGCGUAAAAUUAAUUUCGGGUCAAACACAUCGCAACACCGAGUGAGACACCCCCUCGAGAGAUGAAUGUUGCAGACCACCUGCUUCUCUAGUUAUACCAACUUUAGUAACGACUCCAGGAUAGCAAUACACAGCAGUCUACAUCUCCAACAAACAAGCGGCUGCUGGAAGAGAGUAGGUGAGUUGUGUUUAGUCUCUUUGCUAAAGAAAUCAGGCAAAGUUAAAAAGAUGUUUGAUGGCUAGUGCUAUGGCUGGGACCCUAAAUGUCCUGUUGAUGAAGUUAGGUGUUGUUCUGAGCAUUAUUUGUGGCUAUAGAGUGACGUUUUGGUUGAGGUUUGUGUGUGGCUCCUCAGACCGCUGUGUAUUGCUAUUGCGGUCAUUACUAAAGUUGCCAUAACUAGAGAAGCAAGUGGUCGGCAACGUUCACGUCUAGAGGGGGUUUCUAACUUGGUGUUACGGUGUGUUUAACCCUAAAUUAAUUUUACACCAGAAUAUCCCUUUAAUACUAAAUCUGAAUUUCUUUUUACUUUUAUGGCCCUAAUCCUCCUCCAUACAAUUAACAGUUCAACUUUAAAAAUAAUAUAAUUUUUUUUUAUUCUAAAGUCUGCGGAAUUUAAUCAUCACACGUUUUCCUUCAAAGCGUGGCAUUAAAAAAUUAUCCUAAAAAAAAAAAAAGAAAUGUUUAAACACACAACAAUGCGUGUAAUCACCUAAAACAGGCUCAGCAUUGGUUCACAGUGUUGGAGACCACAGGCUGCUGCUGCUGCUUCAGAUGAACUGGAAGUCCCUCCCCGGAAAAAGCAUGGAGGAGAUUUGAGGGGAAGCAGUUCAGCCUGCAGGCAGCUGUAGAUGUAUUUCCAGUAACUGCUGCCAAUGGUUUUUAUUUCUGCUUUAUUUUGGAUCGCAAAAUCUGCUCGGAGGAAUGGAGGACCGGUGUGCUAACUCUCAUCAGCUCAUCAGUCGAGGUGAGACCAUAAAUCAGACAGGGAAGUGGAUGUUUCACAGCGACCAACAACAAUAACACUGGCUGUGAACAGCGAUAUUGGCCAAAAUGAGGCGUUCAAUAUCCAAACUGUUGUGUCCGUUUUAAAGCGUUUGUAUUUAUUAGAAUAUCAGUAGCUCGUUGUUAGCCGGGUUUGCUCUAGUGCUUUACAGUGAGAUCUAAAACCACUUUCCUCACUCCUCUACCCUUCUCCUCCUCCUCCUCCUCCUCCUUCCUCUCCCGCCUCCAACUCCUGACAGAUCUUUGAAAACUUGGGUGUGUCCUUUGGAUGCACUUUUAAUGAAAACGGAUUAACAUUAGGAAGACGCUUAUGAAAGAAACACCCGUACGUAGUAUGAUCAUUUAACAUGUUUGAGGUGUUAGUUAAUGAUAGAGAAGCUGAUGAAGAUUCCUGAUGGGAAACUAAACCGGUUAAAUUCAGUAGAUAUUCUGUGGCUGCAUUACUGGUUGUUAACAUCAUGUCAUUGGGGAUUAAAAAGUCAAAAGUCAGAGUCGUACUCUGACGUACUUUGGUUGUGCAGAUGAGGAAUUGACAGGUUAAAUGGCAACUUAAUCAGACGUUAAUAAUUUCACAUCUACUGAAUGUAGUGGCAGUAUUUUGAUCAAUGUGCCAGCUGGGGGCGCCACAGAUGCAACUUUGGUCUAAAUUAAUUGAUACUUGGAGGGAAUCCUUUACUUUGUCAUAUCUCUUAAGGUCAUUACCACAAGACGAGCAAAGAAGUAAAUGGAAAGGUUAUUGUUUAAUUUCACUUUGUGUGCUUUUCAUUGUGGUCAGUCCAUGUAGUGCCUGAGUCGAUAUGAAGUUGACCUGAAGCUAACAACACCAGUGUCGUUAACUUCCGUUGUGGCCUUUCUUUUUUUUAUCUGCACCGUUUCUUUUUUUUUUAUUUGCAGCGGGCUUCAGUUUCUUUCUUUUCUUUUGCAUCGGUGACUUCCAUUGUGGCUUCUUUUUUUUGCAUUCUUUUUCAUUUGCAGCAGUGGCAGUUCUCGGCCACCGUAGGUUACUGCUAUAUCUCUGCAAAGCUUUGCUACCAUGAUAUUUGUUGUUCUUUCUCAUUGCAUUGUAGCUCCUUAAAACAGACCAUUUGUGGUUCACAUUCAGAAUAUAUUAAUACAGCUCUAUUCAACUUUGAGUGCAAAGUUUAAGGCCACAUUUACCAGUAGUUUUUCACUUGUAAUAGUUGAGAUGAAUAGACUGAAUGUGGAAAGUCACUGGGAGGUCUCACAGAUGUAAAACAACAGGAGUGUGUGUAAGGGCCGGGGUGGGGGUCUUCUGUUGACACAAUCAUCCUCUCUGUCUGUAGCUAUGACAAUGCAAACACAGUAAAGCAGAGUAGAUGUCCCAUGCUGAAAGCUCAUUUCAUAGUUUUGCAUGCACAUGUUUUACAGACACACUUUAAAACACAAUUGCUUCAAAUUUAAACUGAAACUAAACAAUUGACUUAAGAAUUGUUAACUUUACCACCAUAGGAAUGACUGAUUUUAAGCCCAUCUGUGAACAUCUCGGACAAAAACUUGUCUUACUUACAAGAGUAGAGUGUGUGAAGGGUAGGGAGGCAGCCAACGAAACAACAUUUUCAUCAUAAUUUUUAAAGUCAUAAGAUUCAUUGACUGUUGUUGGGGUAUCGAUGAACAUGACCAAGUAUCUGUCCAAGUGCUUCUUAUUGUUUACUUUGUGGACUUGUAAAUUGAGGCUGAAUACCUCUUCGUCAGCAGGUUUUUUAUACCUUUUCUCUGAAAAAAGAAGUCACAGAAGGAUUCCUUGAGACCACUGAGAAAUGAAAAACAGAUGUCUAAUGAAAUAGUCUCCUAUUUGUGGCGAGACCAAACAUGUUUCACCUGCAUCAGUCAUUGAGAGUUAACAAAGCAAAACAUACUGGGUAUUAGAAACUGCUACCAGCGACAGCUUACUAAAAGGUGUCCCAGUGUGAUUUUAAAGUGUUAUUAUGGCAUUGUAAACAGCACGACUACCUGCCAGCUUCUAUGUUUGUUACCUCUGUUUCUACCUCCAAUGCCAACACAGUGGUGAGACACCUUUGCCCCACCUUUACACCUGUGUGACUUUGAUGCUAAAUGAACAGAGGUGUUAAGUUGCUGUCUUGAACAAUGUAAAAGGGACUGUUAUGACCUUUAGGAGUGAGACAUACCAACUCAGGACUAAAUUUAGUGGCCACCUUGAAAUCCUAAGCCAUCAUUAACUGUUUCUCUUGUUAGAGGCUACACUGAAGACAAACAUCUUUUUUGUGUGUGGUGUUUCAGUUCAGCAGAUUAAAUGUCGCUACUCUGUUAUGUUGCUUUCAAAGUAAAAAAUAAAAAUGUACAAGGGUAGUUUGGGGAGAUUUUCAUCAUUGUUAAACAGUGACACACCACAGAUUGUCUUCUACUUUUCGUUCUUUCAUAAUAGACAUUAAAGUAAAUGUUAUUAGUGGAGAUAACGUUGGAAUUGAUCACUGAGGUUUCGGACACCCCUCAAAAAUAGCGCUAACCCCCAUAUAGUCACCGAGAUAGGGGUUAGGGAUCCAUUUCGGACACAGACACUGUUUGAGCCGAGCGUCAUCACAGUGAUUCUCCCGCCGAAUGCGCACAAUGCUACGGCGCAAGUGGUCGAGUGCGUACAACGCUACUGCGCAAUGUCGCAUUCAGGAAAUGGAGAGAAAACGCGGAAUUACCAAGAGCUUUUUGGCUUCAAAUCCGUAAACUGGCGGAAGGCGAAACAAAGUUGUCCGUAGUUUAUACAGUCUAUGGUUACAACCAAAUGUAAUUGGGAGCCCAUGGAUUACUCACUUUCCCCUUCAGGCCUGCUAGCUGAUAGCCGGGGCCUCGAAGUUAGCUAGCCUGUAACUUUUGAGUCAUUUGAUUCAAAAUCGAAAUUAUUUUGCUAUUUUCAACUUCAAUUCCAAACUUCAUUUUCAAAACAGACGACAGUUAUUCUGUCCUCACUAAGUCUAAAGGAUAUUUACAUGGUUUUCGUAUCUGUACAGUUGGGUAUGAACCUUUACUUCGACUCUGUUGAAUAGCAGUGGUCUUGAAAGGGUUUACUGGUGAGAGCAGUGAGAGUGGAAUAGUGUAGGUGGAAGUGGAGGAGGAGUAGGUGGAGGGCUGUACAUCUUAAACCUGCUAAUCCUGCCGUCCUCAAAUCUCUGCCUUCCUGAACCACCGCAGGAGGAGGAGGGGAGGAGGAGGAGGCGGUGACCGGCGGACGGCCACUCUCUGUCUGCUCCGUCCCUGCGACUGAACUGUUGGGACCUCUAAACACAACACUCAGGGACCUCCACCAGAAUUGAGUUUGAACUUUGAUAUCGCUUUAGAAAAUAAGACAUUUAAGCGAGUGGAAACGUCGCGUCUCAUCUGAGUUAAUCCGACUCUCGCUGGAGGGUUUUAAAUAUCUGCUGCGAUGAGCGCUGAAAACUCUGACACCGACACCAACAAGCUGGAGUCAGUGAUACAGGUGAGGCACGCCGAGCCUUACUCCAUCCGUGUGUUGAUAUCUGAUCAACUGUUGUGGUUUGUGAAGAAAUGUGUGAGUUUUUGUUGCCUUUUUAUGUGCAGUGGAGUCUACAAAACAUUGCCUGAAUACAAUGUUAUGUUUCAUGAGUUUUGUGUUGUUUCUGUGGCCCAUUUCAAACACCUCUCCAUGAAUAUCUAUCUAUCUAUCUAUCUAUCUAUCUAUCUAUCUAUCUAUCUAUCUAUCUAUCUAACCUGUGUAAAUGCAUUUAAGGUAAAACACCCUUUGUCUUUUGUUGUUUCCCAGAGAGUGGAGGAGAGUGUUUUAUCUGAGGAGAAGAGGCUGACAGUCCGGGGUCCUUCACCAGAUGCCCCCCCUACAUGUCUGCCAGCAAGAGUUCGAGAGAUUGUCACAAAGAACCUCAAUGAAAACAGUGAGUGUCAUCGGUUUGCUCUUCCUGUCAUAGCGAGAUGAACGCUUUAAUCCGUCUCUUUGCCUAUCCAUGUGCACCCUUUCUUUGAGCAGCUGGAGCCAUGUCCUCGGUCAUGUCCAUCCAGGAGGAGAACCGGGUGUUGCAGGGAGAGCUGGCAAGGCUGGAGGACCUACUGGCGCACAGCCGGGCGGACCGAGAUGAGCUCGCCAUCAAGUACGGCGCAAUUAGUGAGAGGGUAAGUAGGUUAAGGCACUGGGACAAUACCUGGCGACAGCUGAUUGCGAUGUUGGGUAAGAAAAAGAGUGAGCUGCAAAUUGGAUACAAUUAAACGAUGGUGAUACUAGAUAAGGCUCUGAAUAACAUCCAGUAUGAUGGUUUCUUUACAUGUAAAUCUUCUGCCCUCUUUGUUUUUUAUGUAAAGCAGUAGAACUCCCAAAUUCUUUAAGUUGGACCCACAGAAAAGGGAUUUUAUUGUUUUUUUCGUUUCACUUUUUUCUGUCUUUGUCUGAGAUUUGUUCGUUUCCCAGGUGAUGGGGGUAGGAAUGAACUGAAGUGGAAUGUCGCCAUGGCGUUUGUCACCCUGGGCAACUGUAAACAGGGGCUUCAGUGGUGACUGGAGGAGGUGUAGCAGUGGGUGGCCGUCGCAUCUCAGUUUGGAUUAAACAUUACCAAAAAAAACAAGAGACAAGUUCGGCUGCCCUUUAGAUAAACAAAUGUUUUCAUAAAACAUGUUACUAACUAUGAACCAUCAGUAACUAGUCUUGUAGGGUAUUAAAUACGUGUUGUUGGACCACCUACUCUAAAGGAUUAUGGAUUACAGUUUUCUACUUUCCCAGAUUAUUUACUUUUUAGUGCAGUCACCACAACAUAUUUAAGUCAUAGGUCUAAUGAUACUACAGAGUAAGUCAAGUGGUUCUGAGUCCUUUUAUAAGCAACACAUAACUGUACAAACAAAGUUUUGUUUACAUGUAAAAUAUGAAAAAAACAAUAAGCCGGCCCCUUUAAAUACUGAGAUUAAUGAUGCUUCACAAAGUCCACAGAGUUAUUGUAAUAAGAUCUAAGUUCACUGUUUUGUGCUGAAUGAGUGUGAGUAAAUGUGAGAAAAUCCAUGUCUCUGCCAUCAGAUUUGUUCAUAAAAGGAUAAGAAAGACUUAGACGACUGUAAGUGUGGAGAAAGAGAAGGUGGGGCUGUUUCUUCACUGUGGAAUUUAUUUUAAAAUGAAUCAAAUUUGAAGAAAUCCCGAUAGUGUUCAUUCAGAUUGAGCUGCAUGGCAUGUGGGCAAAGUUUGUUUAGGGAAGUUUUUGUCUGAUGUGAUAGAAAUCUUAUUUUUUGACAACAUGUCUUUUUAGGUCUAGAAUCAAACGUUAAGACUGAAGAUGAAUUUCUUAAUUUGUGUAAUGAUGUGGCUGAUUUCACAGCAUGACAGUACUGAGAAGAUCCAUGACCAUCUGUUAGGUACAGUAGUGUAAAAUUAAAGCUAACCCCCUGCCUUUUACUUUUAAUUAAACCCACAGCUUGAGCAAACACUACGCUUUGAGACAGGUGAAGGGGACCAUGAUUCACCUGAGUCACGCAGCUUGGCUCAGCAGAAUGUGGAUUUACGGCGGCGGCUGGAUGAGGAGCAGGCGGCUUACAAGCGAAAACUUACUGCUUAUCAGGAAGGUCAGCAGAGGCAGGCGCAGCUUGUCCAAAAGUUACAGGCGAAGGUACAACAGCUUAUUCUCUCCUUAGCCUAGUUUUUGUCAUCUGGAUGUUUUAAGUUUGACAGAAUUUUUCCUGCUUCUUAAGGUGCUUCAGUACAAGAAGAGGUGUGGGGAUCUGGAGCAGAUGCUGCAAAAUAAGUCUUCAGAGCUGGAGAAACAGAGGCCAAUAGUGAGUGGACCGUAGUCUCUGUGCAUGGGGUGUGCAUGUAAACCGCUGUACCAGUAACACUUUUAUUAUCACAAUGUCUGCAGAGCGAAGCAUCAAACGGGAGUAAUCAGGAAGACCCAUGCAGCAAUCUGGAGGACACUUUAAUCCGUCUGGAGGAAGAACAACAGAGGUGACCAGCAGCCAACCCAAUUCAUCUCGUUUUCUGGUGUGGUGUCCAUCGAUCAUCUCAGAAUAUGACUUUGUUGUGGCUCAAUCGUUUAUUUUUAUCACCCUCAGAAGUAGCAGUCUGUCUGCGGUGAAUGCCAUGCUGAGGGAACAGUUGGAGCAGGCCAGUUUGGCCAAUGAGGCGCUCAGCCAGGACAUCCGUAGACUCACCGCUGAUUGGACCAGAGCCAGAGAGGAACUGGAACAAAAGGAGUCUGACUGGAGGAGAGAAGAAGAGGUAGGAUACGGAUGUUUAGCAAACAGGAAAAUACUUCAAAGAAGAAAAAAUAUGAUAUUUGAUUACCUAAUUUUGUAUUUUCUGUUAUCUCAGUCUUUCCACAGUUAUUUCAGUAGAGAGCAUAGCAGACUGCUGACUCUGUGGCGGCAGGUGGUCGGGUUUCGUAGGAGUAUCUGUGAACUAAAGAGCGCCACUGAAAGGUCCGUACAUUUUGCGAAGUCUUGAAAUCCAUGCUCUGCUCUGACCUGAGUCUAAGGUUUGAAGGUGUGCUGUGUCAAUCUCCCUCUGAUCUCAGGGACUUGUCUGAUAUGCGUAACGAACUGUCCCGGGCGUCACAUACCGCUCAGGUGUCUUGUGCGGAUCUAACUGCCACCCUGAGCAGCCGUGAGGGCGGAGCGGCUCUGGAGAGGGAGCGGGAGAAAGCUCUGCGGGUCCAGCUGGAGGAGCAGCUGAGAGAACGAGUGUCAGAGAUGAUGAAUCUUCAGACCAGGACGGACUCAGAGAGAAGUGAACUAAACACCAGGUCAGCGAUGGCGCUUUAGUCGUUUUUAUUUAUUAAAAAACAGCUGUGUGACGGCAUGUUCGAUGACUCUUUUGAUGGCAAACUUUCAGGUUGUCAGACGCAGUCCGAGAGGGGGAAAGACUCAAGGGCCAGAUUGAGGAGCGAGACCAAGAAAUUGGGGUGCUGAUGAGGAGGCUGGAGGUGUUUUUGUUUGUCAUAUAAAAUUAAAAGCACAAAAUGUCUGUUUUUUCUUUACAUACAGUACAUCCUGCUUUCUGAAUCUCUCUGUAUUGCUAAGACUUCAGGUAGAAAUAGUCCUCAAUAAAUACACAAGUGUUCUUGAAAAAGGAACUUCAUCACCUCAAGGAUGUUGUAGUGAGAAAGGAUUUGGUUUAAGACGGAUCAGUUAACUCAGAGAUAAAGAUUAUAUUGUAGAAAUAGGAAAAGUGCAUUGUUAAAUUUUGUUCUGCUCAUUUUUUACAAUAAGAUAAAAAAGAAAAUGUUCAGUCUCAUCCUUAAAUGCUUUUAAAAAAAAUCAGGUUUCUUUAUUUUCUUCUGGUGACUCUUUAUUGUUGUUGUUGUUGUUUUUCAGGAGCAGAAAGGUAAUGAUGAGUCUGACAUUCAGGCACUGAGAGCUCACACUGAAAUGCUCUGUGACACCCUGCGAGACAUUGCCCAGGUAGAAAAAGAUACUCAUCCACUCUCAAUAUUAUACUUUUUAAAGAUUUACUGUAUAUGCUUCACUUUUGUUUUUCUUUACAGACAGUUUUGUCAGAUGGAGACUCAUCAUCAGAAGCAGACCAGGACAACUACAACUCUGCUCUGCUGUCGUUGAUCCACGGCUCCACCUCCUGCUGUUCCCCCUCUCCUCGCAGGUCCACCUCCCCUUCUCGGUCCUCCUCGUCGGCUUUCAUUUCUGAAGCUGCACUGUCUGCUCUGCACUCUGCAGUCACAAACAAGACUCUGCAGCUGCAGGUGACAUGUCAUUUAUUAUAAACCCUCUGAGACAAAAGAGGAUUAAACAUAAUACAGAAGAAUUCACUCUCUCCUGUGGGCACUGAUUACAUUUACCUGAACCUGUAUUUUUUAAAUGAAGACGACACAUAACACACAAAACUAAAAACUUAGGGUCUGUAGGGUCCUAGCUGAGGGUUACAUGCAUACUGGCAUUGCAAGGUGGGACAUUUACACACCUGUCACAUCUCAUCUGUAAAGUGUGCACACAUGGAAGCGAGAUGGAGAUGGUGUGGUAUCCUCAGAGGUAGCUGCAGAAGCAUAAUGGAGAAGGAUGAGGGCUGUGUGUAACAUUGGAGCUGACAGGGAUUUACAGCGUUGUGCGUAUGUGAAUGUCUGAGUGUGUGUCUAUGUAGCACUGCUGCUGUGUGUCUAUAAACGGUGCGUCUCUGCUUCACUAUAAUGCAUUGUGUAUGGCACACCAAUAUUUGCAUUCUGUAUUAGAGUGGGAAGUAGAAAUACAAAGGCAGAACUUUAUGUUGUGAUUUGGGACAUUACUUUUGUCUAAUUUAUUAGAAAGUUAUCAGGGUUUUUUUUUUUACCAUAAAGUGACUUCACUUCUGUUUGCAGGAUGCCCGUGGCCGUCUGCUCUCCAACCAGUCUUCAAUUCAGCAGCUACGUAAACAGCUUUCAGAGACAGAACUGACUAAAAGAGACAUCGACCAGCGAAACCAAGCUCUGCAGAGAGAAAGGGAUGCAGCUCAGAGAGAGAGGGAGACCAUGCAGAGAGAGAAGGAGCGCAUGAAGCAGGAGAGAGACACACUGGCCAGGUACACACACACACACACACAUUUGUACGACCUUUUAAAUCAGGUUGAGGAAUAUGAAACGGAGAGACUUAAACGUGUUCGUCUUUAUGCAUUGUGAAUAUUUCAGUGAGAAGGUGAGCUUGGAGAAGGCUCUACAGAGCGCUCAGAGCAGCUGUCGAGCCUUACAGAUGGACUGUGAGAAGCAUCAGCUGACUGUGGCGUUCACACAGCGAGAGCGAGACCAUGAGAAGGAAGAGAGGGAGGCGGCCAUUCAAGAGAGAGACCGGGCCAAGGCAGAGACUCAGAGAAUGUAAGUAAUCUGAUUGAAGGUGAUUAACUGAACGUGAUGUGGACAUUAAUCCAUACGGUCCUCUGCAGCAGACAGUAAUUGCACAUGACCUCUUAAACUUACAUGACCUCAGACAUCAGUAAACUGAUCUCUUGUAAACCUGUUAUCUAAAGCAUUGAACCAGAGGUGACACCUUUACACACUCUGCCUUUUUUCCCCCACAUGUCAUAAGUAGGCUCACAGACUUUUGAAGAAGACAGAUUUGGACUUUUUGGGGCUUUUGUUUUAUCACACGAACCCUGAAUGCAGUACUGAGAGUAUAAAAGUAAACGGGGUGGAUAAAAAUUACAAAUGUCCCUUAAAUUUGGUGCUUGUGUGUGUUCAUAAACUCAACAGAUGCUGCACUCACUUUACUUUGCAUCAUCAGGACACUGCAAGGACUCAAACAAGAGUAACCGCUGUGCACAACAUCGAUCUUUAUUAAAAAAGACAGCUGAGCUCUCUCAAUAGUUCCCCUUCAGGAUACAGUGUGUAGAGAAAUUAAUAUUUAUCAAUCAAUCAAUCAGUCUUUAUUUAUAUAACACUUUUCAUACACAACCAUGUAGCGCAAAGUGCUUUACACAGAAAACGCUUAAAGUUAAUGAUAUAGAAUUUAGUUAAAAGCGAGACUAAAAAGGAACGUUUUGAGUCUGGAUUUUAAAAUCAUCAGUAUUUAGUGAUACUGAGCUGUCAGAUUCGACUUUGAAAUGCCCUCUUGCUCACCCCUACUGUUGGUAAUGCGAUGGUGGCCUUCAAGGACAAAAAGCUCCUGUGAUGCAUGAUAAAAAAGAUUUUUUAUGUGCAGGUAAUUUAAACCCACUCAUGAAUAUUAUAGUUCAUACCAAGUCUGUCCCUCUCUGCAGCAGUAAGUACUGGACACUAUACCUCUAAUGUAUUGUUAUAUCACUACAUGUCUUGUUUUAUAGACAGAAGCAGUGGGAUCAGAGUGAGAAUCGUGCAGCUGCACAGCGUGGAGAGCUGUCUGCAGUGAGGGAGACUAACCAGCAGGGGGAGGUGGAGCGGCAGCUGCUGGAAGGAGAGAAAGUCCAACUCUCAGAAGCUCUUUCUAGGGUGAGAAAAAUUCAACUUGAUGAUGCUUAACUUUUCUAUAAAAUGUGUUUGCUAACCUCCCACCCCACCCCCUCAUUCAGGCUGAGAGCAGUAAUUCAGAGCUCUCCCUGCUGCUGAACAAGCUGCAGUCUGAAGAUGCAGCUCUCAGAGACUCUCUGGCCAAGAUGGGAAGCUUGAACGAAGGCUUGGUCCAGGACAAAGCGGACUUAAACGGCUACAUCCGUCAGGUACAAUAUCCCCAGGAGUGUAUUUGACCUCUUAGAGGGUUAAAGUGAGCAAGUGAUCCAGUCUAUGGGAGGAGUCCAACAGUUUACUAUCACACAAAUGUUUUCACCCUCCUCAAGCCACCACUUAGAAGGAAGCUGAAACCUGCUUUUGAUGCACCUUACACUGUGUUUCUCAUCUUUGAGUCAAAAUCUCCUCACAGGAGCUUUAAGGAAUUUUUCAGUGACAAGAAGAUUGUACAAAAAGAAGAAAGAAAGUUUUUACACGAAUAAAGUCAAAACUUUGUGAAUUAAAUUGAAAUUUUGAGAUUAAAGUCAAAAUUAAGAGAUUAAAGUCGAUGAAGAUAAAGACAAAAUUUCAUGAAUUAAGUCGUAAAGUUGAGAUUAAUGAUAAUUAAUCAACUGCAUUGUCACUCGACAACAUGUGCUCUGUAGAAGAGUUUGUAAAGCUUCACUUUAGAAUUGGAUUUAGUAACAAGGACAUUCUUGCUCUUUUAGCGCACAAACACAGUGUGGUCAAAAGUAUUUGGACUCUGAAAAGACUGUGCCGACUGAUCAAGUUGAUUGAUCCUGAAGGCGUGGAGCACAGAUGAGUCCGGUGUCUGAGGCGCAGGCGUUACUGAAGUCGAAGACCCAGCGCACUCUGGCACAUGGAUGGCUAUGACAAAUAUAAGACAUAUGGCAUUUCAUUUAGACUUUUUUAAAUUUUCGACUUUUAUCUCGAAAUUUUGACUUUUAAUCUUGAAAUGGAAAUUUAUCUCCCUCCUUUAAUUAUUUCUUUCACUUCUUGUGGCCCUAAUCCUCUUAAAAAUGCUGUUUUCUGACCUUCUACAAAAACAUAUCAAAACAAAAAUUUGAACUGAAAUAAAAUCAAAACAUAAAACAUUUGUAUCCAAAAAAUUGAUUUAAAUAGAUAUGCAAAUAACAGAAUUAUAAUACGAAAGAUAAAUGUCAAAGACUUACUAAUAUUCGUGAGAGAGAUUUAUAGUUUAUUAAUGAAAGUAACAUGUAAUGGUCACACUGCUGUGAAUGUCUAACUCUUUUAAAUGUCCUCAAGCUGGAGGAAGAGAAGGCGCUUCUGCAACUCCAAAGGCGAGAAGCAGAGCAGGAGAAGCUGACUAUCAGAGAUGAGCUGGUCCGCUUGGAGCAGGAGCGGCUGGAGUUGGACUCGACGCGUAUCUCGCUGCACAGCACACUGCAGGACUCUGAGCAGAGCAGGACCGAGAUGGAAGAGGAGCUGCAGAGUCUCAGGGCUGACAGAAUUAAGAUGCAGGAGCAAGUCACUCAAGUAUGUUAGCAGUUAUAAAACAUCCUCAUUCAAAGCUUGAGUGUGAGCCAAAGUUACUUCACAUUUAUGCUGCAUGUUUGAGCCUCUUGAUUUUUAUUUUACUUGUUUUAAAUCCAAUCAAAGCAUCUGGCCUGUAAAUGACAGUCCUGAUGAAAUGUUAUUUUUUCUCCUUUAGUCAUGAUGUGUCUUUUCACUCAGGUUGUUUUCUUGUUGACAGCUUUGUGGCGAGGUGACUUCUCUAGGAUCGGAGCUGAACUUGGCCCGAGGAGAGGGCCAGCGGAGCGAGGUGGCCUUAGAGGAAGCGGGUCGCAGUCGGGCAGAACUGGCUCGAGACAAAGCAGCGCUGGUGGUCCAGCUAACAGCGUCAGAAAGAGAAAACGCUGUCUUGUCAGAGGAACUGGCUGCUUUCAGGUGUGUGUUGUUGCCUUUUUGGGGAUGUGUUUUUGCUACUUGUGUAAACACGUGUGUGUGUAACUUGUGUUCAUGUUCAUCUGCAGGUCAGAGCGGGAGUCCUUGGAAACCAGUCUGUUUGAAGUGCAGCAGCAGCUUGUUCAGGUAGAGUCCCGUAGAGAGCAGCUGGAAACAGAGAACCAAAACCUUCGAGUCCGCUGUGAGACCUCAGCAGGUCAGUUAAAAAGAAGAUUUUUUUUCCCUUUUUGUGCUUUUUAAAAUUUUUGACUUCUCUUUUAAGUUUUUCUGAAUGUGAAGUGAAGAAACUCUAGAUUCUUUUGUCCUGUAUCUGACUCUAUAAAGAUUCACGAGAUAAAAGGAGGAGUUCAUAAGAGAAAAACAUUAAGAGGUAGAAGAGAGAGUAGAUUCUGUGGAGAGGAAGAUGAGCAGAAGAGAAAAACAUCUGAAGACUUCAUUGAAGAUCAUUAUGGCAAAGACAUUAAAAUGACAUAUUAAGAACUCAAAAAUCUUUUCCUUCUUGUUACUGACUUCCUGGAUGGGAUUUCCAGCUGAACUGCGGCGAGUUCGUUCAGAUGAGGAGAACCUUCUGGCGCUGGCUGAGAGGGAGAAACAAGCGCUGACUCAGAGUCUCAAUGCCGCACAGUUGGAGGCCCAGCAGGCUCUGCGCAAGACCAUCUCUGAACAUCAAGAGGAAGUGGAGAGGCUGGUCUCGGAAAAGGUCUCUAGACUCAGACUUCUUUGCCAUCAAUAUUCAUUUCUCAGAUAAGUCUGUGGCUCUUUUAAUCCGUGUCUGUGAGCUGAGCGGUUUUGUUUCAUCACAGGACACGUUGCAGCGCAGCCUGCUGAUGGAGCAUGAGGCCACUCUGAGAAAGAUCAGGCAUGAGGUGGAGGAGCAGCUUCACAGAGCAGACAGAGAAAGAGAAGAGCUUCAGGAUGAGCUGAGGAAUCUCCAUCAUGACAGAGAUCAGAGUCUGCUGCAGGCUGAGACUGAGAAACAACAGGUUUGUUCAGAGUUCAGGUCCCUGGGAUGGGUGGGAAAUCAACAUACAUGAAGUAUCAGAAACGUCCCCACACGGUACAGUGGCGGUGUCGAUCAGCUCUUAUACAUCAUACUAAAAGGUCUCUUCUCUCCCCACAGGCCCUCUCUUUGAAGGAAGCAGAGAAAACUGUGUUAUCUGACAGAGUGUCAUCCCUGCAGUCUGAGCUCUCAGCUGUAACCAUGGAGACCGAGAGGAUAUCAAGAGAAGCAGCACAUGACAAAGAGCAGGAGCAGGUGAUGGCACUUCCUGUCGAACUUUUAUUGUUCUGUUGGAUUCUCUGCUCUUAGUUUUGACUCAAAUCCAUAAUGAGGAUUCUCUACAACUAAAAAAAGAUUUUCUGAAUUUGACUAUUUUCAGAUCAGGGUUGAUGCUCUGACCGGUGAGUUACAGGAGCUUCGUUCUCAGCUGGAGGAUGCAGCUUCUCUUCAUGAGAGAGAGCUCCAGACUUUGCAGCAGACCUGCACAGAUCUUCAGUCACGCGCUGAUGUCGCUCUGAAAGAGGUAAAUGAUGAGGAACAAACCAGAAGGUGCCACUUAGUACGACAUUUCUAUAAUAGAUAUUUAUUUUUAAGACUAUCUGCUCGUUUUAUUUUCUGUGAAAUAAGUUCAAUAUAUCAUGAGAUACCUACAGGAAAAUCAGGCCGGCAGAGGAGAGAGUAACAAAUAAACAAACAUUCAGUUUGUCUCUGGGUCUGCAGCAACAUUCAUGUGUUUCACUCUUCCUUCUGUUUUAUCAUUUGGAGUUUCUGGACCCAAUCCCAGCUGCGUUUACAUGAGCAAAAUUUCUUGAUCGGAUUAGGAAUUUGAGGGAUCAGAUAAUCUGAAUUCACUGUUUAUAUGAGUGCAGAACCAAAUAAUCUGAUCAUGACGUGCGUAUACAUGCACCAAACUUUAUUCAGAUUAGAAGCAUUUGGACAUGUGCAGAGUUGUUAAAUUUCACUAAAACAACCACAGAAGAAGAAGAGUUGUAUUUACGCCUGUGCUGUGAACAAACCAACAAACGCUGUAGUGGUUCGCUCCACCCAAUUCAGGAGUUUUCCCUCUGUUAAAUGUUGUCACUAGAUGGCGCCCUUGCACACUUAUUUUACUCUUCUGUCAAAGGUUGCUCUGUGCGUGCAGAUGUGACAUCAUUAUGCUGUAUGUACGCCUUGAAAUGAAACCUCCUGUACUGGCCUCAGUAAAUAAACCAAAGGCUAAAGAGUGAAGAUCAAAUCAGGUAGGAUAGUCACGAUUGAAAUAAGUGUUUUCAUGGACGCGUUUCAGAAUAAGGAUCGGCAUAAACCACCCCUCUAGAUCGGAAAGCAAUUUCUUUCCGAUCGAGCCAAAUUGGAUCAGAAUGUUUGAUUGACAUGUUUACAUUUUUACUCCGAUCAGGCCUUGAUUUACGGUGACCAUAUGUCCUCUUUUACCCGAACUUGUCCUCUUUUUGGAGGCUGUCCGGGCUUGUCCAGCUUUGUCUGGGCAAGUUUAUAAAAUCCUUCAAAUGUCCACGGUUUUUUUGAGUCUUUUGUGUCACCUGGACUUACUGAGUUAGAAGCGCAUAAAAGACACUCAAUCCGACUCUCUCACAACUCUCAAAACUAACUUUGUGUGACUCUGUGACUCCGCCCCUGCAUAGUCGUGUCCUCUUUUUGGGAGGUCAGAAUAUGGUCACCCUACUGUAUUCCUAUUAUUUGUGCCGAUGUAAACGCAGCUACUGACCAGGAGACAGGGUCAUAUCUGGACAUAUCACCAGUCUUGUCUGAGCUCGGCACGAUGAACUUUGUGGCCCUCUACAUUUAUCAUCUUACCAUCAUUUACUCACGCCCUCCAGCUGGACCAGUGCCGAGCUUCUCUCUCUGCUAACGAGGAGAGCCGAGACCAGCUGAGGCGAGACGUGUCAGACAUGGAGCGACGUCUAAACCAAGCCCAGGAAGCAAGAGAAAAGCUCCGACGAGAGAGGACGGACCUGCGGCGCAGCGUGGGCGACAUCACCAAAGAGAGAGAGGCUCUCAGCCAAUCAAACAGCCAGCUGAGAGAAAGUCUGCGAAGUGCAGAGUCAGAGAGGAUCAGGUAAACACUUCAACAAAAGGCUGUUUGAUGAAGUUUAAUCAUCAAGAUUCAUGGACUCUGAGUGUUUUUGUGCACAUUCUCAGUUUGAAACGACAGUGUGAGGAGAAGGAGCAGAAACUGGCUGUGCUGGAGGAGAACUUCUCCUCCUCUCAGAAGGAGGCUUUGGAGUUGCGAAGCUGUCUCAGGGAAGUCGAAAGAUCUCGACUGGAAGCUCGACGAGAACUCCAAGAGCUCCGCAGACAGGUCAGACCUGCUGUGUUGAAAUCAUCUGGUUUCUCGUAGUAGUUUCCAGAUUUUUCUUCCUCUAGUGACUCUGCUGUGUGUUUCUUUGGCUGCAGCUGAAGGUUCUGGACGGAGAGAAGGAGCAGAAAGAGAUGGAGGUGGCAGAGCUGAGGGCUCGCCUCACACUGGAGGAGCAGAAAGAGGAGGAGAGAGGGAAGGAUACUUUCUCUCUGAAACAGAAGUUAAAUGAAGCUGAAACAGCUCGAGACUCCCUCAAGAGAGAGGUGAGCUCGGAUAAGAGUGUGAAGAGAUAAAAAGAUUCAUGUGAUUUUUCUGUUUUUAAUUCUUUUUUUUACUUCAGCUUGCAGUGACCGUUAAGCGUCUGGACGAGUCUGAGUCAGGUUGGCGUGGCUGUGAAAAAGAACUGAACGCCCAGCUGCAGGAGGCACGUGGUUGUGAGAAGAAGCUACAGGAUGAGGCGAAGAACCUGGCUCUGCGCACUCAGGCGGCUCAAGACUUCGCCGCUCAGUCCAGCCUGCAGCUGAGCGAGGCUCAGGGUCGUUUAGCCGCCACCGAAGCCGAGCUGACCCGGUCUGAGGCGGGGAAGAGGGACCUUGAAUUUCGCCUGAGCAGCAUUCAGUCCGCCCUGACACGAACGCUGGGCAUCGGAGCAGGAGGGAGAGGAGGCAGAGGGAGGAGCCCAGGAGGGAGCUCACAAUCUGCUGGCACAAUGUCACGCCACCAGAGCAUCUCACCGCUGCGCUCCUCACUGUCGCCCCCUAAAGGUAAAGGAGAAAUACUCAUCUUUACGUUUACAUCACAGGAUUUAGACGUUUUCUACAGCUGUGGGACCUAAAACCAGAGACUGUAUAUAGAAUAGACGCCGUCUGCCUCCUCACUGGGUGAAGCCACUCUGAGAACAGCACCCUCUAGUGACGGGCUGCAGUAUAGGUCAUAAAUCCCGCCUCCUCCAGCAAUCCCUAGGGAGCUGUGGACAAACUUUAUAAAUGAAUGACACAGAAUAUAAAUGUUUCUCCCCCCUGCUUGUGAUGUUGACAUGUAGUUACUGUCAGACUGGUUUGUGCUCAAGUCCUCUUUUUUCUGUACAGCUCCAGUUUUAAAAGUUAUUAUGGGUUCAUGUUUUCUAUGAUUGACACCUGAUACAGCCUAUGGGCGUAUGAAGAUUGCGUAGCUCACCCGGGGGAUACGCUGUUUGAGCCGAGCGUCAUCACAGCGACUCUCCCGCCGUAAGCGUACAACGCUACUGCGUAAUGUUGGUUUCAGAAGUGGGGAAAAAAAACAGAGAAUUACCGAGAGCUUUUCAGCUUCAAAUCCGUAUACUGGCAGGAGGCGGAACCAAGUUGGUCCCUAGUUUAUACAGUCUGUGUCUAAAACACAGAAGAACUCAUGAUUCAGGAUCUUUUAUUAAAACUGAGAUCAGUCACAUGUUUUGCUUUGUUCUUUUUAGGCUCAUGAAAUUAUAUUGAAGGUUAAAUGAAUGAGCAAAGUUAUUAGCAAAGCAGACAUGCAAAACACCAAUAACUGCAAAUCUGAAGAAAACUGUGUUCAUAUGUUGAACUUCAUUAAAAUAAUUUCUUCUUCUCUCUUUUGAAAUAUUUGCUCUUGGUGUCUGAAACCUUUUCUUCUUCAUUUCUACAGAAAUAAGAAUGAGCACUCCUGACAUCACUUUAGGCUCAGUGUCUCCAGACAGAGGGGACACACCACUUCCUCUCUCCCAGUCUGAGCUGGACCCCGACGCUCUGCGGGGUGACCUGAGAGACUUCCUGCAGGAGCUGCGUGAGGCACAGAGGGAUCGGGUAAAAGAAAACACAAAGUACAUCUUCAUUUAAGUCCGAGGGUAUGUUGUGUAUAUACGCUCUAAGUCUUCUGUUAUUGCUCAUUACGAAGGAUGAUGCUCGACGGCAGAUGGGAGUCCUGCAGAGAGAGCUGGAGGAGCUGACGGAGGAACGAGACUCAGCUCAGAGUCGGCUCAGUCUGCUCCAGAACACCUUGCAGGAAAACCAAGAAGGUACUGUAUGUUGAAGUGAAAUUUCUGUAUCGUAUCGCAACGACAAAAAUGUAAAAGAAGUUUUUACUGUUUGUGGCUGAAGGGAAGCGAGGGCUGGACGAGCGCCUGAACACCACUCAGAUUUUGCUCCAGCAGCAGGAGGAGGCGGUGAGGAGAGGAGACAGAGAGAGGAGGACCCUCAUCGACAGGGUGAAGGAUUUAGAGCGAGCUCUGCAGACCGCUGAGAUGGACAGAAAACACACACAGGUACACACACAGUUUUAUACUGGUACACUGACAUACACACACACCAUGUGUUUGUGUCGUGACUUUCACAGCAGUGAUCACUGAUCUGCCACGAUCACCAUAUGGCAGCACUGAGGAACAAAGCAAUAUCUGGAGUCCUGAGCUGUCAGCGGGUGUAAUAACAACGACGGUCACAGAGUGUUACAUCUCCUGUGGCGUCUCAUAUCAGCCCUCCAUAUGUCUGUUUUAUGAUGUAAAUAACGAACCUUCUGGACAACAGGAGUGGAAACAAGUCAGAUUUGAGUCUUGAUGCAGCUGUAGGUCACCUGUGUUGGACUGCAUUCCUUCACUGUGAUCCGGGUCUGAAUGAGGUUCUCUUCGUCUUCCCUUCGUCUCUGCAGGAGCAGUUGAAUAAGCAGCGUGCUGCUGAGAUGCGCCUGGAGGCGGAGAAGAAACGUCUGCGGGAGGCUCUGGAGGCAGCUGAAGCUCGGGCCACCAGGGUGGAGCUGGGGAGGCGCAGUCUGGAGGGGGAGCUGCAGAGACUCAAACUGAGUCUUGGAGACCGUGAGGCUGAGAGCCAGACCUCCCAGGAGCGCCAUGAGUCUCUGUUGAAAAAGGUACAGCAGGGCCCAGAGUCAGCUGGAAACUAACAGUAAACGAAAACAUGAUUUUCAUAUGUGAAAAAUGAAGCUGGUUGUUUUAUAAUUACAUAUUUUUAGGGUUUAUGGAUUAUGGUUUAUUAACCAAGUAUGUGAAGGGAAUUUUCUUUAAUAGCAAACAUAUUUUUAUUUGGAUUAAUUAUAUGUUUGUGUCUAUCCUUUAUGUGAAGGACAAAUAAACACAUUUUAACAGGUUAUGUUUCUAGAACUGAUGGCAUUUUAUUCAGAUGUUGGUAAUAAAUUUAUUCAAAAUAGCACAAAGAUAGGGUGACCAUAUUCUGACUUCCCAAAAAGAGGACACGACUAUGUGGGGCGGAGUCAGGGAGUCACGCAAAGUUGAUUUUUGAGAGUUUUUCUGGUUUGAUCAAGUGUCUUUUACUCGCUUCUAACUCAGUAAGUCCAUGUGACACAAACUCAAAACUUCUGUACGAAACCGAGGAAAUUUGAAGUAUUUUAUAAACUUCCCCGGACAGCCCCCAAAAAAGAGGACAUGUCCGGGUAAAAGAGGACGAAUGGUCACCCUAACAAAGAUCACAUUUGUGGGAAUAAUGAAAGAAGAAACGGUAAUAAAACAGCAGUUCAUGAGUGUCUGUAAAGAGUAUGGGAAAGCGUUGGCUCGGCCAACAUGGAGGCAAAAAGGUGAGCAGACAUUACCAUACGUAGCUUUAUCUCAGUCCCCUUCAAUGAGCACCAAAGAAACUGUGGAAAUAAAUAUGUUUUCAGAUUGGAUCAGUUCAGACAGAGACACAGAGUUCAUGUGCACAUGGCCUCCUGUAUAAAUGAAUUCUUUAUAACCUGGGUCAUGAAGAAAAUACCCUCUUUAUUGUCUCACACAUCACUUUGAUUUGGAUUACCUGCAGGUGUCAGAAGGAGAGGCCCGUGUGUCUCUGCUUCAGAGAGAGGUGGAUAGGUUGAGUCAGGCUCUGCUCAAAGCUCAGGAAGGUGAGAAUCUGCUCAAAGAAAAGACCACAUCCCUGAAAAAGAGCCUCCAGGAGGCCGUGUCUGCACAGAGCUGCACACAGAGUCGUCUGGCUGCUCUGCAGAAGACGCUGAGUGUGGCUGAACAGGACAAACGGCUUCUGCAGGUGAGUCUGAAGGAGAAAAAGACUGAUGCUGAAUAUUAAAUAAUAAUAUUAAACAGACAGUGAUGUAAGUGUUAUUAUUUAUCUAUAAACCAUAAGGAAAAAGCAGAAGAAGCCCGGUCCUCUUUUACGGAGGGGAAGAGGAGCAUCGCUGCCCUCACUGAGCACGUGCAGAGUUUGCAGAGUGAGUUGAGCCAGAGCGAGCUGAGACGAGAGGAACUAGAGACUGAGCUCAACGGCUGUCAGGAGGUGAGGGUCAUCGAUAUCUACACAGCUGGUCCGACUUGUACCUGCUCUAAGGUCUCUCUCAUUUGUCUAUAUUAGCAUCUAUAGUAAUGUCACUGUUAGUCAUUUCUGCCUCCUCGCUGUCAGGCUCUGCGUCAGCGCUCAACCAGCCUGACGGAGGCUCAGCGCAGCGCUCAGUCAGCUCAGACAGAGAGGGCCACCGUGGAGGAGAGACUGCGGGGGCUUCAACGAGCUGUUGCCAUGCUGGAGGCCGAGAAGAAAGAUGCCGAGAGACAGGCUGUGAGGCUGGAGAAGGACAAGAACGCCCUGAGGAACACACUGGACAAGGUCAGCGCUGUGAUGCAAAACCUGCAACACGCAGUUAUUUCUUUACAUCGAGCCAUCAGUGAAUUCAAAAGUUCAGAUGUGUUUGUGGGGGGAGCCCUGACGAGUCGAUCACCGACUGCAGCGGGGUUUCACAGCUCGAGGAAGAACAUUUAUGAUUGUUACUUCACGGAAAUACAAUCAGACCGAGACGCUAAGGCAGAAGAACUACCGUGUCUGCAGUGCAAAAUUAUUAUGAUGAUUAUUAUUAUGAUUAUUAUUACUUAGGGGAAAUGAUCCGCUGCACUCAGUGAUCGACUCGUCAGGCUUACUUUGGCUUCAUCAUCAGGCUUCAUCAUCAGGCUUCAUCCCGCAGAAAGUAGUUAAAAUAUUUCUGUUCUGACCAAAGUGGUGUGACAGUGGUUACAGGCCAACAUUACCAGCAAUUCAGUUAAUUUGAAACCAUAAAAUUUACCAAAAAGUUUUUAGAGACUCUUUAUUUUCCACCAAAUCCUUUUAGAAGCCAUUAUCAGUAAAACCUUUAAUUACAGGAAAACACUCUUCAUUUAUGAUUCCAAAGAUUUCUGACAUACUUUUUAUGUCAUUUUAAAACAUCACAUACAAAAUGUAGAUCCAGUGUGCUUCAUAAAUGCCUCUGUCUGUAGGUUGAACGUCAGAAGUUGAAGACUGAGGAGGGCAGCAUGCGGCUGUCUGCAGAGAAAAGCCGCCUGGAUCGCUCCUUGAACUCCACAGAGCAGGAGCUGCAGGAAGCACAGCAGCAGAUUCUGAUGCUGCAGGUGAGUAAGCAGCUGGAGCUGACGCACACCGACGCACACCAACGCACACCAACGCACACCAACACAAUUUUUUCAGGCGAAACAGAAAAAAUCGACAUGCUGCUGUGAGAAGGGUCAAUGCCAGCAACACUGAGGGUUUAAAAAGAUCCAGCUAACACAGUAAUAGCUGUAAAGUUUGUUAUUUCAGCUCAGUCUCCACCUUCAACCGCUGAAAUGGUGCAUAUUAUGAUAAGGGACAUACAUCAUAUGGACUGUGGGUUGUGUUAUAAUGCAAAAGAAAAAAAACAACGAAAGCUAAAAAAGACACACACCUUUUUGCUUCUGUGGUUUUCUGAUUUAGCUCCUAAAAAUUGAAUAAAGUAAAGACUGGUCUAAAAUCAAACUGCUACAGGUCUAAAAAUGAACGUUUUUUAGACGUCUAAAUUUAGACCAAGUUUAGACUAAGUCUAAAUCUGGGCUAUAUCUAUACUACACUGUCUAUUGGUCAACAGUUAUCAUAAUUAUUUUGGUUUAUGCAACUCACGGUUGCUUUUUGAAAUAAAUAGUUAUCGAAUUAUGAGUUAAAGUGCAACGUCUAAAUUCUGUCUAAGAAUAUACAGAAUCUAGACGGUUGAAAUUAGGUCUAAAAAAUAACUAGACGUCUAACAGCCGUCUAUUUCUCAGUGGGAGCAGAGGACACAGACGUAAAGGUGAAGGUCAGUAAGGUCAAGUUGUCACUUUGUUGUGAUAAAACUGACCCUGUCUGCAGCGGCUCAUCUUCUUUCUUGCACUUCAGCUCUCUGGGUUGUUCCUCAAUGCAGCGGCUGAGCUGACCGGCAUUCCUUGGGGGUAAUCUAACUAUUUGAUGAGCAGGCUGACCUUAAACAACCCCACUUGAAAAAAUUCAGCUAUCCCUUUAAAGCCUUAUUGGGAACCUUACUGUAAUAUUUUAAAGUUGAAGGUUCUUAAAUACUUAAGGGAUAGCAAGACUGGAGUUUGUUACUUGAAAUAAAAACACAAAUUUUCUUUUGACACUUCAUCUCAUCCAAGUAAGACUGAUUAUAAAUGACACCACCGGGCCAAAAAUUUGAUCAAAAACCACUUACAUAUUUUUGGGAAGGCUUCGUUUUAUGAUCCUCAUAACUGUGUUUUUUUUAUAUAAACCACAGAGAUGCUGUAAACAACAGGCCAUACACAAAACUACAGUGAGUUUCAUAAGAUCUCUGAAAGGGUCGUAAAAGUUGUUUAUUUCAGACAUCUUUAGACCACCCACUGUUCAUUUCUUUGGGAAAAAAAUAAACUCCUAAGGCUCCAGAAGUGAUCUUCAACUUGGCUAAAAGUCCAACUGCUUUAAACAUUUUCAACUACGUCUCCAGAAUGUGACCCAGAAACAGGAACCCAUGGGUAUGACGGAGGUUUCUUCUCCAGGGGCUGUUGACCUUUUGUUAGAUGACCUUCUCCAGACCCAUAAAAAGUGCAGCUGUUAGUUGUCUCAUCAACGUAAAAACAACAGCUUUGUGAUGUUUACUCAUCUGUAGACGUUGAGACAAAUGGCCUGUUGGUUAAAUGUGUAAAAGUGGGACUUGGCAUCAUGUCAGUUUUUUGUGUUUGUUGAAGCUUCGAUUUUCGUUGGUGUUUCAGAUCUGGAAACGUUCCCACACAGCAGCUCAAUUAUUUAUCAUUGUUCACUCAGAUGUACAUGUUUUUAGUACGAGCGCUGCAUUUCUUUAAAGUUCUCAGAUGAUAUUUUUCUGUUAUUGAAGUCAACCUGCUGUCCCUCUAAAGUCUUUACUGAUAAGCUUCAAACCAACACCAACAUGUCUGUUCAUUCAUCAGCUGUGAGUCUCUUCAGCUUUUUGACUUUUGGACGGACUCUCUAAACAGGAUGGUCUCAUUCACUGGUGUGUAUGUUUGCUGAGCAGACUCAGCUGGCUGAGAUGGAGCAGUCUCACAGUCUCUGUGAGAGUCUGGUGAAGCAGCGUGACGAGGCCCAGCGGGAGUCGGAGAGACUGAAGAACAGCUACAGGGACAUAGAGCGGACACUGGGCUCCAGAGAGCGUGCUCACCGACACAGAGUCAAAGGCCUGGAGGAGCAGGUACAAACACAUAUAAUGGAGCUGAAAACGUUCAGAAAUGUGCAACAAAUGUGCUGGUCUGAGCUGUAACUGAAAAAUAUUGAAAUAUUUGGAACAGCAGAAUCAACGACCUUUAUAGUUUGAAGAGGAGAUUUCUCUACUGUUAAUAGUGUUAAAAUCAAAGAUUGAUGGAUCGGCCUCAAUCACAGAUAACAAAAACUUGCAUCCUUCAAGGCUACUGUGAGGAGUUUUUUAGCUGCCAUUAGAGUGGACUGAAACUAUCUCUGAUGUCUUUUGAUUGCACAGGAAAGCAAAAAACACCAUCAAGUUCAAGACUGAUUAUUUCUAUGCAGCUUUUUUACGUCUCUCUACACAGGUGACUGAUGAAGCUUUUCAUAGCAUCCUUUAUCCCUUUUUUUUAUCAUAGUGAGUGAUUCUGAGGAGGAUUAGGGCCACAAAUUAAAGGUUAGAUUUUUUCUCUACAGAAUUCAGAGAUUAAAAUCAGAUCUGAUUUAAAGGGAUAUUCCGGCGUAAAAUUAAGUUAGGGUCAAACACACCUAACACCAAGUUAGACACCUCCUCGAAAGAUGAAUGUUGCCGACCGCUUGCUUCUUUAGUUAUACCAACUUUAGUAACGACCGCACGAUAGCAACACAGAGAGACACGCCCUCAACCAAAACAUCACUCCACAAAUAAUGCUCAGAACAGCACCUAACUUCAUCAACAGGACAUAUAGGGUCACAGACAUAAUACUAGACACCAAACAUCUUUUUUACUUGGCCUGAUUUCUUUAGCAAAGAGACUAAACACAACUCACCUACUCUCUUCCAGCAGCCGCUUACAACACUUAGAAAAAAGUCAGAAAAAUCUGACCUUUUCUGUUUUUGUAUCAUUCAUUCAUCAUUCUGUCGGAAUGAUGAUUGACCAAUAAACACUUCUGUUAGAGACUCUUCCUAGGACAAGAUCAUCAAUGAGAUCAGAUGUACUUACAUGACCCUGAUUGGCACCAACAUCAACAUUGACCAAAAUUCCUGAUAGGAGCUUUAAAGUCAGUGCACUGAUUGAGCGAGCCAUAUUUAACCAAUUAACUUCAAUUUUUGUUUUAGAUCUGAGUUAAUGUGACUAAGUCAAACUGCCUGAUCUAAACUGGAUCAAACAGUUAUAAGUCGACCUUGAGUGCCUUGAAGGGCGCCCUAACAAAUAAAAUGUAUGAUUAUAACCCACAGAUAAUUCUCUUUUUACACCUACAGAGUCGAUUUUAGUUGACGCUUUGCUUUGGUCUCCUCCAUGCAUGAGUACAGGUGUCCACCCUGAAGGAGCAGCUGCAGCAAGAAAUCAAACGAAGACAUCCUUCUCUUCCAUCCACCUUGUUGACGACAGGAGACUGAGAAGAAGCUCACAACCAGAAACACCAGCACUCAGUGCAUGUCUAACCCAGGGGAGCACCUCUUCUGAAUGUUUGAAAGCAAUAUUUACUUAUAGAGAACAUUCCUAACAACGUUUAUACCCUAACUCUGCUGUUAUUUUAAAUGGACCAGUCUUUUUAAAAGUGUUUAAUCGAUGUUUUAUACGAAUAGAAGAUCGCUGACAUGGCAAAAGGAGCAGAUUGAUGUGAUCCAGCAGCUGUGCCGAAAACACCAGCAGCUUUUUGAUUAUGGCAGCCAGCUGUACUCGAUCCUUACUCAACAUCUUCUCAGACAUCCUUGAGAAACUUAAAUCACAGCGAGAUUCCCUUUGCAGACAAAACCUGAAGGGAGUAGAGGAACAAAAAUCUGCCUGUAGUGCAGUUUGGCAUUGGAAGGACGGAAGGUCUCCUCUGUUCGUUGGUGCUAGAAAACUCUAGACUGAGUCUAAUGAAGGAGCUGCACUGUGUCCUGUCCCUGAAACAGAUUUGACUAAUUAUGUGACACGUUAGCACUGAAGUCUGAUGGUACAUGCAGAGUCUUUUGAAAGCCACUGUUAGUUUUUUAGGUUUCUAUAAUUUUUACUUGUGAUAUAAACUGACAGACUGAUGAUUAAUAACAGUGAUAUGUCUUGUACGAACAAAACACAUGGAAGCCACAUGUCCGGAGGAGAUUAAACUCGUGCGCACCAUAA